AUGGCGACCGAAUUGACCGUCCAGUCCGAGCGCGCAUACCAGAAGCAACCUCACAUUUUCCUGAACUCCAAGGCGAAGUCGGCAAAGAGCAGAGGUAUCGGCAAGGGUGGCCGAAGAUGGUACAAAGAUGUUGGACUGGGUUUCAGAACACCAAAGACUGCCAUUGAAGGCUCAUACAUCGACAAGAAGUGCCCUUUCACUGGUAUGGUCUCUAUCCGAGGUCGUAUCCUUACCGGCAAAGUCGUUUCGACCAAAAUGCACAGAACCCUGAUCAUCCGCCGAGAAUACCUUCACUUCGUUCCUAAAUACGCCAGAUACGAGAAGAGACACGCCAACCUUGCCGCACACGUUUCCCCUGCUUUCCGUGUUGAAGAGGGUGACACAGUCACUGUUGGCCAAUGCAGACCUUUGAGCAAGACUGUCCGAUUCAACGUUCUCCGUGUGCUGCCCCGAACUGGAAAGGCAGUCAAGUCAUUCCAAAAGUUUUAG